GCAAUGACAAGUGGCCCCUCUACCUCCUCUUCCCCAACAACAUCACACAACAUGCCUCUGGCCCCGGCCCUCCGCCAGCAAAUCAACGCAGGCUUUGACUCUUUCCUCAAGAAGCCGCCCACACCGAGGAUCUCUAUUCUCUAUCAGACGAAGCCCGCUUGGCCAGGCGCAGCAAAGGGCCAUCGACCACCGCAGAUUGCAGUCAUCGACUCUUCCUUUAAUCCACCUCAUCUGGCACACCUAGCUCUUGCAUCCUCACCCGCUAUUCUCGCCUCGCCGUCGCCAUCCCACUCCUCUCCCGACUCGGUUGAUCAGUACGACGCACACCUCCUCCUCCUUUCCUCACGCAACGCGGACAAAGGCAUGGGAAGACCGGGGGACGCGAGCCCAAAGCAGAGGCUGGAGAUGAUGACUGUUCUGGCGAGAGAUUUGGAGGAUCUGCUCAGGGCGAGGGGUGCGGGGGAGGAACAAGUCAAUGUGGCCGUGGGCGUUUGCGAGGAACCAUUGAUGAAGGACAAGAGUAGCUUGGUGCACGAGUGGCUGAAGGCAUACAGGCAGGAGCGAGGGCGGUCAAACGAAGAGGGAGCAGCAAAUGCUCUGCCCUCUUCGUCCACGUCGAGCGCACCCCUCGCCCGUCUCCACUGGGUCGUGGGUUGGGACACGCUCAUCCGCUUCUUUGCCCUCAAGUACUACCCCUCCCCCUCCGCCUUCGAUGAAGCAUGCCAUCGCUUCUUUGAGGAGGAAGGCACCACAUUCGUGUGCGCACGUAGGGGCAAUCCGAGCAAGGAGGAACUGCAGGAGGAGAAGGACUUCCUCGAGUCGGACCUCGUGAGGCCGUGGGUGGAGAAGAUGGGGGUGGCAAUGUUCGAGCUGCCCGAGGAGGUGAGGCAUGUCAACUCGACGGACGCGAGGGCAAUCUUGACUGGGAAGGGCGGAGCGGAGGGCCAGCAGGCAGGAGAAGGAGUAAAAGAGGCGUUGGUGGAGCGCGACGGCCUCCUCUCGAGACAGAUGGCCGACUUUGUGGUUGAGGAGGGGAUCUAUACCAGGGAGUGAUAAUGCACACCGGCGCUGCAAUUGUUGUACCGUACGUCCAUCGUGAUGAUCUUGCCUGCUGCGCAAUUCCCCCCACCGUAGUCUAGCGUCC